CGAAAUACGAAUAAUUCAGGCGACGACUUUAUGAGGCUUGCGCAGCUCUGAGCUCUCGUCUUACUUCUUCAACAUCCUCACGACCCCUCAACCAUAUCCAUACUCGCAGAGUCCACACCCCGCCAAUGAUCUGAUACAGAGCAGCCCCCUACUCACCCGUGCACCGUUGCCCCUUCCAGCCGCUGCGACAAUAUCCGGGCAGGCUCUAGAUACAGAAUCCCAGGGCUCCGGCGUUGCAGGACUGACGCCUGCGCUGCAGUCGUUCAUGCAGCGCGCGAAUGUCGAAUGAAUGCAACCUCUAAAUCCUUUUCUGUGUGCCUUCUUCAAGAGCGCUCUGCUAUCGCAGUGUACUCCUGUCCACCACCAUAUUCUGCUCGUACCUACAACUGAAGUCCUCCUUACCUCCCGCGACCGCGAGUCCGGAGUCCUCUACGCAGAUCUUGCGGGGUCUGAGGAGUUUCUGGGUAGCCAUGUUCUGCGAGUACCAGCCCACAAUGCUGCGACGGCGGGAGGGAAGGAUGUUCCGAAUAUGCGAGAGAAUAGGGGAAAGGCAAAACAGUAUACGACCGUCAAUGGCAGGACGGUAGUGGUUAAAGAUGCCUAUGUCUACAGCAACAAGGGAUUCAAGACACUCAACCAGGCACAACUUCUUGGGGACUCAAUAUGGUACCCGGAUUCUCUGGAGCCACGCCAAUGGCUCAUUUACUACAUUUCACGACCGUUAUUGGGGAUAUACGAGGAGGUCAAGAUCACACCCGCGCUGUUACCUACCUCCCUACCAAAUGGCAGACCACCUUUACCACCACGAACAAGCUCCGUCCAGGACUCACCCACGGCUAGUAAUGCUCUGCCGAAGAAGAAGGACAUCAAAACUUUUAACGAUUUAUUGAAUAAUUUCCCAAUGAUUGCGAGGCAGAUGCAGCCGGGGCUCGAACGGCUGUUUAAGGAGUUCAACACUGUGUUUGAUAAGCCUCUACCGCCUCCGCCAUCCGCUGAAGUCAUACCGGAUCCGGUUCCGGAAGGGCCCAUAGCUAAGGCGAUGAAGAAAGCGAGGUCAAAUAGCACACAUUCGGAGCCAAGCCUGAGAUCUAAUGGCCAUGCGGAGCGGAACAUUGAAGACUUCUAUGCGGAGGACGACGAAGACGUUAUGCGAGGUGCAUUGGAAACUGCAGUAACGGCUGCUAUUGAUCUGUUUCAAAUGGUUGACAAGCAGCAGCUCUCACUUCUUGGUGCCACGACAGACCUCACCGGACCGGUGGUAGAACGACUUAUCGAGCGUUAUGUGACUGAGCAAGUCCAUGAUGCCAUUCUCUAUCCCAGAUUAUGUGCUAUGAAGCGGCCCGAGGACGUGGAGUUGGAAUCGAAGAUUAGGCAGAUGGAAUUCGUCGACAUCUCGCAAGUAGGAAUAAUGAUUCAAGGCGGCCAGAAAGGAAAGCAUGAACUGACGUUGAGACUUGGUCGAGCUGUUGAUGAAUUCCGGAAACUCGGAGUUGCUGGAAGUCCUCAGCAGAUGAUGGAUAUUCUGCUUGUGGCUUUGAGGACUGUGACCUUACUCACUGAUGUUCCGGCAGAGGUGAUAAACAGGGAGCCUCCGUCGUCCGAGAAAGUCAGCCCAGUACUCACGAUCAACGCCGAUACCCUUGUAUCUUUAUUGCUGAUCGUAGUCAUUAGAGCACAAGUCCGGCACCUCCAGGCCCGUUUGUUGUAUAUGCGCCAUUUCAUCUUCAUCGACGAUGUUGAGAGCGGAGAAAUGGGAUAUGCUCUGAGCACAUUUGAGGCAGUCUUAUCCUAUCUCGCACGGGAUUCUGGUGGCCUACGGAAAGCGAGUCGACGGAACAACAAGCUCUGGCAAGCCACGAAGAAAGGCGAAAUCAAGGAGAUGAUGAGGAUCAUGGAGCCGGAUAGGGAACAAUCAUCAGACGAAGAUGGCGGGAGUCAGGAGGCUAUCGCUGAUGAGGUGAUAGAGGAAGAUGUUCCUUGGAGUGCUGUCAAUGGGCAUUCCAGGAGAUCCUCCAAAUCAAGCGCCAGAAGCGCCAGGUUCUCCCAAGCUUCAACACUUAAUCAUGUCUUUCCAUUUCAGAUCCAGCACCAAGACGAAGAAGAACGACUGCCACCCUUACGCCGACCGAAAAGUGUUACUAUGGAUACACGAAGUAUGUCUAGUAGCUCCGAGAUAUCUUUCCGAUCGAGGGCGACUACCAUCGAUUCGAUGAGCAGUGGUAUCGAAGGCGAUACAUCGAUUAUACGGCUAUCACAGACCGAGGAUUCUUUCGGAGAAUCGGUGCCAAUGAUGGCGAUACAGAAUGAGCGUCCAGAGGCUCUUCGAUACUUGCUGUCACUCCGUGCUUAUUAUCCACUGGAGGUCCUCCUGGAAGAUACCAAUAACGAAGGAACAACUCUACUUAGCGCUGCAGUUCAGCUUGGGCAUACGGAGUUGAUCGAUAUCAUCCUGGAUUUCAUCUAUCGAGCUGAGUCCGAGGCCAUCGUGGUUGAAUAUCUUGCAAAGCAGGAUGUUCGAGGAAGAAGCGUUGCUCAUUACUUAUUCAAUGCGCCUGCACUGAUUCCUCGAGUCGGACGGCUACUUCCCUGGCGGCAAAAAGACAGGAAUGGGCAAACACCACUCUUUGCCCUUUGCCGAUCGUACGAUCAUGGGAAUUAUCGAGCUAUGGUUGAAGCAGCGCUUGUUGCUGCAGGCAAUUCUCAAGGAGAUAAUGAGCCACUGCACCUGGAUGAUCAUGUCGAUUCAAAAGGCAACACACUUCUCCAUAUUGUCAACGAUCCCCAAGUCGCGCUGAGGAUCCUCCAUCAUUGCGAUGCGGAUGUCAAUGCUACAAAUGACAAGAAGUUCACAGCUUUGAUGGUGGCUAGCAAAUACGGAAGGCUAGAGAUGGUCAGAGCACUGUUCGGAGACCGAAGGGUAGAUCUCUUUGCCAAGGAGCUUCGAGGAUUGACGGCUGUGGAGUUGGCCAAGGAUGACGAUGUUCGGAAUCGAAUCGAUGAUCUGAUUCUAUUUUCUGGUCAGCCAGGGAAUGACGGACGGAUAACGGCCGUGGUACGAUCUUUCUUCGUUGAGGAUGCCACUAUUCGACUUGUGGUCAAAUCCGGUGCUCCUUCCAACAACCAAAGCUUCACAGUGACAACUUGCAGACGAUCUCUCACCGACUUCGAGCAUCUCGCCCAGCUCUUGGCCCUUGAGAAUCCAGCUUCAUGGUUGCCAACAAUAUCUGGAAUGCAUUCCCCCUUUCAACUUCCAUCCAAACCGUCUCGUGCAGUAUUGCGAGACAUCCAGGUCCGCCUGGAUGGAUUCUUGAAAAUAUUACUGGCACAUUCAACCUUCUCAACCCAUGAGAUGUUGUGGGAGUUCUUCCUCGUGCCUGAUAUUCAAGCCGAACAGAUGGAGGCCCGGAGCAAACUCAAAGCCCAAGCUAGAGUCGAGACAGUUAGAGACGAGUACGAGCCACUAACGGACCUGCGAGAUGUAGAACAGUUUGUGAAUCACGCAAGAGAUCAGGUCCGAGGCGUCAACAUGUCCAUCAAGAGAGUUGCACGCACGGCUAAUUUGGUGAAGAUUUGCUACACCGAUCUCUACAAUGCGUACAUUCUAGCAACUCGCGCGAUAUCAACCCUGGAAUGUUUACCCGGUACUCACAUAUCAGCUCUCCAAGCCUACGUGCAAACUCUCGCCCCUGCCUCCUCCUCACCAUACGGCGUCUUCCACUCCACAUGCCUCUCAAUUCUCAGCACCGUCAUCGCAAUGCUCCUCUCACUCUCCCGCCCAACCUCCCUCAUCCUCUCCAUAAACGCCUCCCGCAAAGCCAUCGAACGCUCCUACAACUCGCUCUCCCGCUCGACCCGCUGGCCUCUUGGCCUUUUGGACGAAACUCGCCAAAGAUUGAACGAAGAGAAAGAAGAAAAAGUCAAGCGCACGAAAGAAGAAGCCGAGGAACUCGGCCGAGAACUGAGGUAUACGCAGCAAGUUGUCGCAGGCGAGUUGGCAGGGUGGCAGGAUCUGCAUGAGAAGAUGGGGCGCAAGGUGAUCAGGGACUUGGCGAGGAGUAUGUUGAUUCGUGAGCGUGCAACAUUGGAGGGCAUGAAGAGAGCGAUGAGGAAGCUGAGGGUUGUGCCUGUUAUGAAUCCGGUGCCUGCGACGACUAUGGAACCCGAGGCGGCGGGCGAGGCUGAGGUGCUUAUCGAGGCUGAAGCCGUUGUUGAGCCAGAGAUUGAAGGGGAAGUUAAUGGAGCGAAUGAGAUGAGCGGGGAGGGAUCCUCUUCGCCGUAAGAGGAUAUUUAAGGAGGGAUAUAUACACUGUACUGGAUAGAUGGACUUGAUGGCGUCUGGCAGCGAAAUUGAGGCUUGUGACGGACGGGCGAAACUUUUGAUUCUUGAAAUGAAGCAAGCGGGCGAGCGCUACUUCAGAAUUAUAAGCUUUUUGAUGACCUACACCGUCAUGUCUCUUGUUUUUGGUGUGUUUCUGUUCUGGUGGCAAGGGAUACAAGCUGAGACUUGUGACAGGUGGCGAAGGUAUGGCAAAAACAUGACCAUGAUCGAGCAGAUUCAGGGCCUGGCAGUCUCGAAAAUUUACUAUCCUGUCUUCUUCCCUGUCUCAAAGAGGGUCCUAAUGCUCUUCAUCAAAGCGGAUGAAAGGACCUUAACUCCGCACUCACAGGUAACAACAAAGAUCUAGUUAUAGCAAGUAUUGUCACCUCC